ACCUUCUUGCCUUCCUUUGACUGUUAGGUUUUCAAGUUUCCUCUAACCAAACUUUCUUUUCUUCUUCCUCAUCAACACACAGAUAUAUCCAAUCAAUGGACCAUGGAAACCACCUCACAAAACCCUCCUCAGCCCUACAUCAAUGACCUUGCUGAUUCCCCAACCAAUGCCAACAUCAUUAUCUCUGACCACCAUGAUCUCCUCUCUCAGCUUCAAUCUCUCCAACACUCUUUUGAUACCAUUCAAGGAAAAUCCUCCUUGAUGGAGGAAAACCUACUCCUCCUCCAGCAACAAAGAGAUGAUGCGCUCGAUAACAACUCCCAGCUCAAAUUAGCUAUCCAAAAAGUUUCCCACGAGAGAGACUCUCUUCGUGACCAAGUUAGAGAACUCGAGGCCUCUUUCAAGGAAAAAGAAGAUGGGUUUGUUAAAAGGAUUGAUGAGGCAUAUCUGACAAUGGAAAAACUAGAAAAAGAAAUGGAAUUUCUUAGAGAGAGGAAUGACAAGCUGGAGCUUGAGAUAAAAGAGGCUAGGGACAAGAAUGGGUUCUUGUUGAAGAUCAAUAUGGAUUUAGUAAGGCCUGUGAAGGAAUCUCUGGUGAAAUUAACAGAGUGUGUACAUGAUGGAAAUUUAAUUGAGAGAUCUGAUACUGAAGAGAACAGGGAAGAAUUGGAUCUAGAUGAUGAAUUGAGGUCGGUUUGGGAGGAAUUCAAGGCAAUUACAAGGCUGGCAAGUGAGGCGGAAUCAAAAGUAAAUGAGUUCAACGAGAUGAAGAAGAAGGAAAUAAGGGAAUUGGAGAGUAGUGUGGUGAGUUUGACAGAGGAGAAUCGAGACAUCAAUAGCUUGUUAAGGGUUGCUUUGGUGGAGAAGGAGGCUGUGGAGAGGAGUUUGAAUAAGAUAAAAGGGAACAACGAGCAGAAGAGGGUGGCUUUGUUGCAGUUUGCAGAACGCGGGUUGCAGAGAGUAGGAUUUGGUUUCAUGAUGGGAAGUGGGAGUAAUGAACAAUCCAUGGAAAGUUCAGGAGCUGGUAGCAAUACCACUAAUGCUUCUGCUGCUGCAAGUACUAAAUCAGAUGGCAGUGAAUGUGAAGAGGAGGUUGUUAGUCUGGCCUCAACUAUGGAGAGAAUAAUGAAGAAUUUACGGCUCGAAAACAGUCAACUAAGGAGAUCUCUGGAAGAAUCUAGGUCAGAUGCUGAGCGAUUACAAAGCCUUGUGCAAAAACAAGAUAAAGAAAUUGCAGAGAACAUACUGUACAUAAAAGAGUUGGAAGAUAGAGAGAGGGUGCAAGCUCAAAAUGUUGAGGAACUCCUGACAGAAAUAAAAGAAACUGAGGCAGAGGUUGUGAGAUGGAGAGAAGCUUGCGAGCUGGAAGUGGAAGCUGCGAAAAAAGCAAUCGAAGAACGCGAAAAAUUGGUUGUUAUCUUGAAACAAGAACUGGAGAAAACAAAGGCUAAUUUAGAGAUAUCAAAUGGCAAGUUAAAGCUGAAAGAUGAACUAGCAGUUGCUGCAAUGGCUGCCCAGGCAGCAGCAGAGAGGUCUCUGCAGCUAGCUGAUAGCAGGGCCGCAGGACUUCGUCAGCGAAUUGAGGAGCUAACAAGGCAAGUAGAAGAAGCAGAGAGCAAAGAGCGGAGAUGCAAUAAGGUCAGGCAUAUAUGUUGGCCAUGGCGGGCCAUCAAAGCGGCCACAGCUAGCACUGCAAAUAAUAGAGUUCAGAAUGCGAGACGACGAAUGCUGCCAGAAAUGCAAGCCUUGCUUCAUCACAAUGUCUGACAGACAUUUUCGUGAGCCUGAUAAGUGUUAUACCAGCUGCCUGGUGACCCUAGGAAAUUGUGUUCUAUUACAUCCCUCCACUCUCCUUCUUCUCAUGCUUUCUUGUAUCCAAAGAAUUUUCAUUUUUUCCUCUUUCCUUCAAGGCCUCUCUGUUACUUGUCAUCCCUAAUUGUCAUGUCCCUCCAUUUUUUAAACAGAAACACAAUCUAUCUUGUACCACUCAAGUAAAUAAACCUGUUCUUCAAAUUUUUAUCUCA